AUGGCAAACAUCAAGCUCUUCCUUGUACCAGUUUGCAUCUGGACAAUCCUUUUCAACACAAGUAAUGCCACAAGGUCCAGACCACCGCCGAAAUUUCCUGCCAUUCUCGUCUUCGGCGACUCAACAGUAGAUAGCGGUAACAACAAUGACAUUGAUACAUUGUUUAAGGCCAAUUUUCGUCCAUAUGGUAAAUCCUAUCCGGGUCACACUCCAACAGGGAGAUUCUCAAAUGGAAGACUGAUUCCUGAUUUUCUAGCCUCUGCUCUAAAUAUCAAGAAGGCUGUUCCUCCGUUCUUGAAACCAAAUUUUUCAGAUCAUGAACUUGUUACGGGUGUUAGCUUUGCAUCAUCAGGAUCGGGAUAUGAUGAUGAAACAAAUGCUGUGUUUCAGGUUAUCUCAUUUCCAAAGCAAAUUGACAUGUUCAGGAAUUAUACUGCUAGGCUCAAGAGUCUUGUUGGAGAACGAAAGGCCAAGAGGAUUAUUGGUGGUGCUUUGGUUAUUAUUAGUACUGGAACUAAUGAUAUAUCCACAUUUAAGAUGGACACGAACGAUACUAGGUACCAAGAUUUUUUGCUGAACAAGGUGCAAAGUUUUACCAAACAACUGUAUGAUCUUGGUUGCCGAUCCAUGAUUGUAGCUGGCCUUCCUCCAAUUGGUUGCCUUCCCAUUCAAAUGACCAAUAAACAGCAGCCUCCUUCUCGCCGAAGAUGUUUGCAUAAUCAAAAUUUAUAUUCUAAGGCUUAUAACCAAAAGCUUGUGAACACGUUGCUCCAAGUACAAACAAAGCUUUCAGGAAGCAAAAUAGUCUAUGCAGACAUAUAUAGGCCACUGAUACACAUGAUCCAUCAUCCACGAAAAUACGGAUUUGUGGAAACAAAUAAAGGAUGUUGCGGUACUGGAUUUGUAGAGACGGGACCCCUCUGCAAUCCAACGACUCCGACAUGUCGAAAGCCUUCUCGCUUCUUGUUUUGGGAUGCUGUUCAUCCCAGCCAAUCGACCUACUGGUACCUCUCUAAAUACUUGAAGAAGACAGCUCUGUCCAAGUUCUUAUAG